AUGCACGGCGCACCCGAUCCGGCCCAACAACGGCCCCGACACGACGACAGCCAAGCCCGCACCUCGUCCUCGUCGUCGUUCCCCGACAUGGACGACUCGGCACUCGAGGCGGCCACGCACGACAUGGAACGAGACGCAGACUUGUCGGAGGGGCUUGGGACUGGCAGCGAGGGCACAAGAGCAGGCGCGCGCUCGCGAGGAGGGACCGACGACUUCGACGGGGCGGUGCACCAUGCGCUCGCAACGUCCUCGCCCGCCGGCGCGUGGCGCGAGUUCCGCUCCGACUCGCCAGAGCCUUCUCCAAGAACGUUCGAGCCCCGUCGAGCCCCGACCGUCGACCUGCGCGACGGCACGGUCGUGCGCACGCUCCCGCAGCCGCCCGCAGCCGCCGCGUCUUCGUCGAGCCGGCCCGCCCUCACCCUCGACACCCAGUCGCCGUCCGCCUUUUCGACACCAGCCUACGACGCACGAGACUGGGGCGACCCCUUCCUCGUCGACGACGUCGCCCACCACCCCUCCGCCAGCCUCUUCCACGACCACUCGCCCGCACCUCGCGCCUCUCACCAGCGCGUCGACUCGCACCCCUUGUCCCUCGCCCCCUCGAUCGCCACCUUCCGUACCGACGACUCGUCCUUCAGCCGCCUGCCCGACCACGACGACGGCGACGACGGCGACGAGGAAGCCCAAGCGCGCUCGCCGCUGCACCCGACCAGCUUCCCCUCGUCGCCCUCGCGCCCGUCGCCACACCGCGAGUCGCGCACGGCCGCCUUCCUCCAGGGCCUCGCCGCGUCGUCGACCAGGCGCCUGUCGCUCAGCGCGGGCGGGCGCUCGCCGAGGCCUCGCAGCAGGUCGCCCUCGCCCGGCCGCGACGACCCGGCCGCAGGGUGGCACGAGCUGUUGACGUCGGCCUCGCGGCGCACCGAGGGCGACGCGUCGGCGUCGGCGUCGGCGCUCAAGCGCCGCAGCACGCUCAGCGCGGCGGCGGCGGGCAUGCGUCGCCUCGGCGUGCGCGUCGUCAACCUCGCCGACGCCGACAGCGAGGAGAUGAACCAGGUCGACCUCGACGCGUCGCUGCGGCGCAGCGCGUCGCGGGCGACGGCGGCGGGCGACGGCGACGUCGAGGCGGCGGGCGAUGAGGGCGAGAAGGACGAGGACGAGGACGACGAGUGGGAGAAGCGGUACGAGGCCAGGGAGGAGGAGUUUCGGCACCUGCGGGGCAAGACGCUCGGCGUGUUUGGGCCCGAGAGCUCAUUGAGACGGGCAUGCGCGAGGGUCCUGACGGCGAGGUGGACCGAGCCAUGUAUCCUCGUCAUCAUCGUCGUCCAAGUCGUCGUCCAGACGAUCCAGGCGGCGCCCGACGUGUACGAGCACCCGCGUCCGACCAAGGGCUACUUCCACGCCUGGGAGGACUGGGCCCUGUUCGCUUGCUUCUGCCUCUACACGGUCGAGCUCGUCGGCCGCAUCGUCGUCACGGGCCUCGUCAUCAACCCGCCGCGACCGCCGACGCCGCCCGAGCUCUUCAAGCCCGACAUUUACAGCACGCCCAAGCGCUCGCCCUCGCUCGUCACCAAGAUCCAGUCGCGCCUGUCGCCUCUUCCCUCGCCGCAAGCGUCGCCUACUGCGCACCGCGCACCUCCUUUUCCUCCCUCGCCGUCGAGACGCUCGCCCGUCCCGUCGCCGGGCCGUCUCUCCCCUCUCCCGCCCUCACCGACCAACCCGUCGCACCUCCCGCCGCCGAGCUCGACCGACAUCACCGCCGUCGACCAGGCCAUCUACUCGACGACGACGACAAACGCCUCGUCCGUCGCGCUCAUGCGCGGCGACUCGACGUCGUCGACCGUCCACGCCGGCGGCCCGAGCGGCGUCGGGCUCGGGCUCGGCUCGUCCGCCCCCUUGACGGCCGUCUACCCGCCGCACUCGGUGCGCGCCGGUCUCGCGUCAGCUUUCCCCGCCGCGACCGCACCCGCCGGCGCCAACAGCGGCGCGAGCACGCGCUCGGUCUCGUCGGACGGGUGGGGCCCGAGCCCGUUCUCGUCGGCGACGACGCCGUACGCGCUCUCGGUCAAGCGCCAGCGCGCGACGUACCAGCAGGCGUUCCUGCGCCACUCGUGGAACCGCAUCGACGCUGUCGCCGUCGUCGCGUUCUGGAUCUCGUUCGCGCUCGCCGUCGCCGGGCGCGAGGCGAGCGACAACCUGUGGUUCAUCCGGGCGCUGAGCGUGCUCCGCGCAAGCAGGCUCCUCGCCAUCACGGCGGCCGCAGGAGCAGAGACUUACCUUGCCUCGAACGCGCAGACGAUCCUCCACUCGCUCAAGCGGGCUGCGCCGCUCCUCGUCAGGGUCGGCCUCUUUGUCGCCUUUGCCAUGAUCCUGUUCAGCAUCAUCGGCGUGCAGGCGUUCCGAGGCUCGUGGAGCAGGAACUGCGUGUGGGUCGAUCCGGCCGGCGUCCUCGCCAACGUCACGAUGGACCAGCCCUGCGGCAGCUACCUCACGGCGGCGGGCGAGCGCUUCUCGUACCUCACCUCGGACGGCUCUCUCGCCCCCGAGCCGCCCAAGGGCUUCACGUGUGCGGCGCCGAGCAUCUGCGUCGAGACGGGCAACCCGGCCAACGGCGCAUGGUCGUUCGACAACAUCUUUGCGGCGCUCGUCCAGGUCGUCGUUCUCGCCUCGGCCAACACGUGGACCGACAUCAUGUACGCGAUGAUGCAGGCCGACUUGACCGUGUCCGCGCUGUACUUCAUCGUCGCCGUCGUCAUCCUGGACUACUUCCUCCUCAACCUCCUCGUCGCCGUCAUCACGUCGACGUUCGGCGACAUUCGGAGCGAGACCAAGCACAGCGCGUUCGCCAACGCCUCGGCGGUGCCGGCGCCGACUCGGUUCGACGACGACAAGAAGGCGCAGCGUCGGCUCGGCAAGACAGCGAGCGUCAUCGGCACCCUGUACCGCAAGACUCGGCUCAUCUGGCCCGCCCUCAUCGUCGCCUCGGUCGCGCUGCAGGCCGACCGCGACUACGACAUGGACCCUCGCAAGUCGACUCGAUACGAGUGGAUCGAGCUCGCGUUCACGCUCGCGUUCGACGUCGAGAUCGCCAUCCGCCUCUUUGCGUCGCUGCCCGACUGGCGCUCCUUCUUCGCCGGCAACGCCAACCGGGUCGACACGUUCCUCGCCGUCGUGACGACCUUCAUCCAGCUCCCGUUCAUCUUCCACUCGCCGGCGUACGCCUGGCUCACGUUCUUCCAGAUCGCCCGGUUCUACCGAGUCGUCCUCGCCAUUCCGCGCAUGCGGCGCCUCCUCGUCCGCCUCGCCGGCACGUUCGUCGGCGUCCUCAACAUGCUCCUGUUCCUCCUCCUCGUCACGUUCCUGUCGGCUCUCGUCGCCGUCCAGUUCCUGCGAGGCAUCCCCGACCCGGACUCGGACGACACCGGUCAGCUCAACUACUUCCAGAUCUACAACGCGUUCCUCGCGCAGUACCAGAUCCUGUCGUCGGAGAACUGGACCGACCCGCUCAAGACGGUCCUGUCGAGCCAACGAGGCCAGGUCCAGAUCGCCAUCACGGCCAUCUUUAUCUGCGGCUGGAUGCUCUUUGCCUUCUUCGUCAUCGGCAACCUCUUCAUCGCGCUCUUGAACGAGAAUUGGCAGCUCGAGGAGGACGAGAAGCGUGCGCGCCAGCUCGAGGCGUACGUCACGCGCACCAACGAGCCCGGGCAGACCGUCACGGCCGGGUGGUUCAAGCGCUUCGACCCGUACACGCUCGUCACGUCGCGCCUCAAGGCUCGAGCCGAGAAGCAGAGCGAGCAAGUCCCGCACGACGAGCACGACGAGCCCGUCGAGAUCCUCGACCGCAUGGUUACCGCUUCGCCCGAGCCGCUCUCGAACGACGAGGACGACAAGCCUGCAUCAAGCCCGCCGCCGACGCACGCCCGCAACGUCAGCUUCGCCGAGAAGGCCAAGCGCACCCUCCCGAGCCGCCUGCAGACCGGCUUCGACAGCGUGCGGGACUACAUCGCGCCACAUUCGCCUCUCGACCCACCUCACGCCUACUCGCUGCCACGCGGCGUCGUCGGCCAUUCGCGCCAAGCCACCCUGCAGGACCUCGACCGCGUCGAGGACGUUACCGCGAGCCGGCAGCAGGCCGUGGCGCAGUACAUCGUCGAGCACCCCACGUACGACCGCGCACUCGGCCUCUUCUCGCAGCGGUCGCCCGUCCGACGCGCCUGUCAAGCCCUCGUCGAGCCGGCGUACGGGGCCGAGCGCAUCAACGGUCGAGCGCCGAACAAGCUGUGGCAGCGCCUGUUCCAGAUCGGCAUGCUCGUCGUCAUCCUCGCCUCGGUCGGCGUCGCCGGCUCGGCAACGCCCCUGUACCGUCGAGACUACUACCUCGAGCACGGCGAGGUGCGCCUCACGUGGUACAACGUCGUCGAGGUCGCGACCGGCUUCUGCUUCCUCCUCGAGUUUCUCGUCAAGGUGGUGGCUGACGGUCUAUUCGUCGCCCCGAACGCCUACGUCCUGUCGGUGUGGAACCUGAUCGACUUCUGGGUCCUCGCGACGGUCCUCGCCAACGUCGUCAUGGUCCUCAUGAACGGGCCGUCGAGCAGUCGCUGGGUCCGAGCGCUCAAGGCGUUCCGGGCUCUGCGCCUCAUCAACCUGUGGCCGACCAUGCGCCAGACCUUCUACAACAUCCUCAUCGUCGGGCUCGGCCGCAUCCUGGACGCCUCGCUCCUCGCCGUUCUCUACAUCAUCCCGUUCGCCGUCUGGGGUCAAAACGUGUUCGCCGGCCUGCUGUACUCCUGCAACGACGACGCCGUCACGACCAAGGCGCAAUGCGUCGGCGAGUACCUCGUCGCCGUCACCGACGACUGGUCCUACCUCGCGCCUCGAGUCUGGGCCAACCCUUACGUGUGGAGCUUCGACUCGUUCAGGUCGGCCCUCCUCAUCCUGUUCGAGAUCCCCGAGGAGAACGCGUCGCAGUUCUCGGGCCUCUUCUUCGUCCUGUACAACCUCGUCGGCGCCACCUUGAUCCUCACGGUCUUUGUCUCGGUCAUCAUCGCCUCGUUCACUCGUCGGAGCGGCGACUCGCUCCUCACGACGGCGCAGCGUCAGUGGCAGGACCUCCGUCGGUACCUCGCCCGCCAAGAGCCGCAGAAGCGCCCUCCCGUUCGAGCCUGGUGCUACGACCGGGCCAUCCACAAGCACGGCUGGUGGUCGCGAGGCCUCACGGCGCUGUACGUCCUCAACACGAUCGUCCUCGCGACCCAGGCGACGACGACCGAGCGAGCAGCCGACGCGUACAACUACAUCUUCUUGGGCUUCACGGUCGCCUACCUCGUCGACGUCGUCGUGCGCCUCAUUGGCCUCGGCCGGUCCUUCUUUCAAAACGGCUGGAACCUGUACGACCUCGUCAUCAUCAGCGGCACGGUCGCCACGACCCUGCCCAUCGUCGCGAACGCGACCAGCUCGCAGGCCGCCAUCCAGCUCCAGAAGGUCUUCCUCGUCGCGCUCGUCUUCAAGCUCGUCCAGAGGAACGAUCAGCUGCAUCAGCUCUUCAAGACGGCCGUGGCAAGCUUGCCGGCCCUCCUCAACAUCUUCACCCUCUACAGCUGCCUCUUCCUCUUCUACGCCAUCUUCUACCUCGAGGUGUUCGGGCUCACGAGGUGGGAGAGCGCCGAGACGCACCUGUCGAACUACUACACGUUCGCGAACACGCUCGUCCUCCUCGCGCUCCAGUCGACCGGCGAGGGGUGGAACGAGUACAUGCACGACUAUACGACCGAGUGGCCGUUCUGCACCUCGUCGCCCUUUUACCUGUUCGACGACUGCGGCUCGGCCGGGUGGGCGUACGCUCUCUUCAUCACUUGGAACGUCCUGUCCAUGUACCUCUUCGUCAACAUUAUCCUCGGUGUCGUCGUCCAGUCGUUCUCGUUCGUCUACCAGGAGCAUGGCGCCGUCACCCGUGUCUCGCGAGCGCAGCUGCGUCACUACAAGUCGGUCUGGGCGCGCUGCGACCCGGAGCGUACCGGCUUCAUCCAGCCCAAGGACGUCGGGCUCUUUCUGCAUCGCCUGUCGGGCGUGUUUGAGGUCAAGAUCUACCGCGACGAGUGGUCCGUCGCGAGCCUGCGCGCCGGGUCCUACCUCGAGCCGACCUACCACACGCGCUCGCCGUCGUUCCACCACUUCCUCACCGACCGGGACGCCCUAUCGCUUCAACGUGUCGACCUCGACAAGCUCCGCAGCCUGUGCGCCGGGAUCGACGAGGGCGAGGUCGCCGCACGCCGCCGCAACUUUGUCCACGUCUACCACGAGGCGAUGCACGAUGCCGAAGAGACGCUCAAGGGCAUCUCGUUCACCAGGAUGCUCACGUUGGUCGCGCACUACCGCCUCGUGACGGACGACAGCGCCCUGCAACUCGACGAGCUCGCCGAGCGCCAGCGCAAGCAGCAGCUCGUCUCGUACCUCGUCGACAACGACCGUGUGCGCUCGUUCCUGCGCAUGGUCGUCCUCCGUCGCCGGUUCCUCGACCACCUCGCGACCAAGGCGCAGCAGCCUCGAGCGAGCGGCGCGCCCAACGUGCCCGUCAUCAACGUCACGGUCGCAGGCGCGUCGUCGCCGUCGCCGCAGCGCUCGCCCUUGGCGCACGACGCGUCGAGCGCGUCCUCGAGCGCUCGGCCCCCUUCGCCGCCUCGGACGCCGCCGCAGCACAUGGCCCGCCGCGAGCAAGACGACGACGGCGACGACCCGAGGGUGUCGGACUCGGCGGCCACGUCGCGCAGCGUGGCGGUCGACCAGAGCUCGUCGAGCAGGUCGUGA